GAAAAAGUCAGGGAUGGCAGACAUACGCAAGAAACUUGUCGUGGUGGGGGACGGCGCAUGUGGGAAAACAUGUCUCCUGAUUGUAUUCAGCAAAGACGAGUUUCCCGAGGUGUAUGUUCCGACUGUGUUUGAGACAUAUGUGGCGGACAUAGAAGUGGACAACAAGCAAGUCCAGCUAGCUUUGUGGGACACGGCUGGGCAGGAGGACUAUGACCGGCUGCGCCCCCUCUCCUAUCCGGACACCGAUGUCAUUCUGAUGUGCUUCUCCGUGGACAGCCCGGAUUCAUUGGAAAACAUCCCCGAAAAGUGGGUCCCUGAAGUCAAACACUUUUGUCCGAAUGUACCCAUUAUUUUGGUGGCCAACAAGAAGGAUCUGCGCAACGACGAGAACGUCAGGAACGAGCUGUCCCGGUUGAAGCAGGAGCCAGUGAAAACGGAGGAUGGCCGGGCCAUGGCCAUGCGCAUUGGCGCAUAUGACUAUUUGGAGUGCUCUGCCAAAACCAAGGAGGGGAUCUGGGAAGUAUUCGAGACUGCAACACGGGCAGCCUUACAAAAACGAACAACACCACCAGGUGGUUGUCUCAAAUGCUGCGUUUUGAUGUGAAUCAACUCUGGAGAACCGUGAGCUGCGGACAAGUCGUUACCACCGCUGGGGAUCUGUGUCUGAACAUGUACGGGCAAUGACCAUGGUUUGGACACUCCCUUGUAACCAGACGACCUUGGCUGAACCAAAAGGAAUGACUGCAAAAAAGUUGUUUUGAACAUACUCGACAAUCAUCUGAUAUAUCGGGGUGUGUUAAAUGCACUGGUUACAGCAUGUUCUUUGUGGGUCACAUGAUCCCCGUCUGACUGGUGGAGGGGUAAAACGGACAAACCACAAACCGACACAUUUCAGUGGACGCCUUUACCCCUGCCUCUAAUGUGGACAAGGCCUGCUUUCGAGCCAAGAUUUUAAUUGCUCACUUUUUGUGUUUCAAAGUGUUUGCAUAGGCCACUGCCUUACUGCCAUGGUUAUAUACUUUGUAAUAAGCAAAGCAGUAAAAAAAAAAAUUGCACUCGUUAUUUAUGUCCACUUUGUAUUGUCAAAUGACUGUAUUAAGUUUGGGAAAUUGCACAGCACCUGGAAAGUACAGUAAUGCACAGAAAGUUUUAUAAAGCCUUCAAAUGAGAGUGAGAAAUACCCACGGUGUUCUGUAUAGUUUCUUCUGAUGUUUUAUGCCAUUUUUGAACAAGGAUAGGCUAUAGCUUAAGUUUACAGUUAAUGAAAUCACCUGUCUCAGGUUUGUCAGUUGGAACAACAUCCAAAAAGUAUGUUUUUGAUUCCACAGUAUUAAAUGCGUAUUUUAAAUUGUUAUGCAACAGGCCAAAUUUCAUCACAGGCCUAGGAGGCUACACACUGACCAGUCUUGAAAAGGGCUAACUAUAUUGUCCAGUGUAGUUUUCUGGUUGGUGUUUUGUUAGAGUUAAGUGGGCAAAUGAACAGUUAACCAUGUGUUACCAGAAACAUUUCUUUUUUAGGCUUGCUAAACAUGCCUCGGUCCUAAAUUUUAUGCUUGGCUGUGGCUAUGGUGACUGGCUUUGAGAGGACAUUUUUCCAACUCAUUUGAGGCACAUACAGUAUCUCACCAUGUUUCUGAACUCUGAAAUCCAGGUUUAGUUGUUUCAUAGACUGCCAUAUCUCAGACUAAGGCACAGAUGACUUGCUUCAAGUUUUCCAUUUAGCUACAGCUUUGUUUCCAGUUAUGCCGGUGAUAUUUCCAAGAUAAGAUUGAGCAUGUGAGAUGGUUUAGCAUGUGAGUUCUUUACUCAACAAAACAUGUUUUUUUUAAAGAAAGUGUCAUAAAAAGAGGAGUAGGCUUCAUCAGAGCUCUGUGAGCCAUUAGCACUCUCUCAUACAUCAUUAAGCCAUGGGAUGGCAAUUAAAAAUUUCAAUGGAAAUUUAUCAGAUGUUAUGUUAUUAUAACCACACACUUAUAAUAAUGACACAAAGUUAAGCAAAAGGGCAUCCCUUUGACUAAAACACUAGACUUAACUAAAUGUAAGGUAGUAUUUUUUUCUGAAGCUGUAGAAAGUUUGUUCACAAAAGUAAAACUGAAUUAUGACUGGCUGAGAAACACAUGAAAAGCAAUUUCCAUCUUAAUGUCUUCCUUUUUGACUGUGAAUGUACCUCAGAUUUAUCUGUUCAGAAACAUUGAUGGAGCUUUAAAGUUAGCAGCAGAAAUAAAGGUAUGUCAGCUAAUUUUCCAUUCUUGUGAAAUAUAUUCAGCUCAUGUUUGAUCUGUGUCUACACAGAGGUGUUGUGUAACUGUCCUCUUACGUUAUGGUGGGAGUGCUUGUUCAAAUGACAGCUAUAAACAUCAAUUGCAGAUACUGUUGCUACACUGAAAAUCCAGGGCAAAACCCUGGUGGAUGGGACAAUGUGAGUUGUUCUUUUAACUGAGGACAAAAAAAGCUCAGUUUCACUUUAAACGUCAUUUUUCUGUGGUUCACUAAAUAACUAUAAUAAGGAUAAAUCAGUUUGAAAGAGUAUCUUUUAGAGAUCCAACCAGAGUUACGAUGGUGUAAAAGUCACAUUCCCCUCUGCCUUCGGUUGCUGGGCUUUUUGCUGACUUACAGAACAGGAAUGCAUUGUGCUGGACUGGUUUAUUUUCCCACUCUGGCCCCCCUCAUGUGCCUCUGAUUUCCAGUGUUGUUAGGUUAUUAUUCACUGAUCAGACAGUGCAGUUUUCAUCUUCUUCAGCAAUGGACUCAUGGAGAAGAAACAUGCUGACCCUGUGCCAAACCCAUCUGUUUGUAAAAGUUUAUCAAAUAGUGACCACAUUAAUGUAAUGACGCAAUACUUUCUAGGUUUGAAUGGUAGAUGGCAAACAAUGGAAAUUUGUGUGAGAAAAAAACAACAGAAUGUAAGGGAACAAGCGGUGCUGUUCUGGGAAACUCAAUAAAAAAAUCAAUGUGUGUCACCAUCUCGACUUUUCCAUUGUUUUGCCUCAUUUUAUCACUAAAGACAA